CCUGGCCAUCCAGAUAAGGCGCCACGGCCACUUGCCGCCCAAAGCCUCUGCCUGCCAUCAAUGGAGAUCACCGCCUCAUGGCGCUUCCUCCCCGUCGCGUCCUCGCUGCCACCCGCUCUGCUCCUAGCCAGGCGGCAGGCGUCGUGCCCCUGGUCUCUUCAACAGCCGGCGAUCUCCAAGUCCAGGAUCCUCUGCCGUCUCCAUGACAAGCCUUUCCCUACCGCCCAGAGCUCGCAGCUGCAGAAGCUGGCCUCCGUGUUGCAGUGCGGCGCCAUCUGGGCAGCGGUGCAAGCCCCGGCUGCUCUGGCGACGGUGAGCGGGGAGGAGGACAUCGACAUCCUGGGGAUCCUGCCGCCGGUGGCCGCGAUCGCCUUCUUCUACCUCUUCGUUGCUCCCCCGAUUAUCAUGAACUGGAUGAGGCUGAGGUGGUUCAAGCGCAAGUUCAUCGAGACGUAUCUGCAGUUCAUGUUCACGUACCUCUUCUUCCCCGGUUUGAUGCUCUGGGCACCGUUUGUCAACUUCAGAAAGUUCCCAAGGGAUAAAACCAUGAAGUACCCUUGGUCCAAACCGAAGGAAGGCACCCCUCUGUUCAAGGACAGAUACCCACAAAUAGACUCAUUCAAAGAGAAGUACUUCUAGGGAAGCACUGUAUAUAUGUAACAAAUACAGAUAUGGGUCAUCAGAAGCGACGUUUUCUUUUACAGAUCAA